AUGGACCCAUAUAUGCGUAGGGUGAUUGGUGAGUUUACAGGAAUUGAACUAGAAGGGGGUGCCGGGAAGUACUUGGGGCUUCCAAAGUGUUUCAGUGGACCAAAAAGAGAGCUAUUGAGUUACAUAACUGAUCGCUUGAAAUCGAGGUUAAGCGGUUGGUAUGAGAAAACUCUCUCUUUAGGUGGCAAAGAGGUUUUGCUUAAAUCGGUGGCAAUGGAAUUACCGAUAUACGCAAUGUCAUGUUUUCGUUUAUCAAAUCAUCAAUGUAAGCAGAUCACAAGUGCCAUGGCUGAUUUUUGGUGGAAUGAAUGUGAGGAUAAAAAUAAGAUGCAUUGGGUGUCUUGGGAAAAGAUGUGCAAAGCCAAAUCACAUGAAGGUCUUGGUUUUAAAGACAUUGGUAACUUCAACCAAGCUUUGCUGGCUAAGCAAGCUUGGUUCCUACUGAAUACGCCAAAUUCUCUUCUGUCCCGAGUCUACAAUGCCCGGUAUUAUGUGAAUACAAACCUCAUGGAGGCUUGCCUAGGCUCCAGACCAUCAUAUGCCUGGCAGAGUAUUCUCUUUGGGAGAGAAUUACUUGAAAGAGGUCUUCUGACGUCCAUUGGGGAUGGGGGCCAGACUAGUGUAUGGCUGGAUAAAUGGGUGUUUGAUGAAGUUCCACAAAGACCUUAA